AAUCAAUUUAUCUGUGUUGUACAGCUCGUUCUGAAACGUGAACGGAACUGGAGGGUAUUUUGAAGAAAAGCAUUCGUAAUUGAUGCGGGUUAAGAUGCAAAUAUGUUCAUUAACCUGAACAAUCAGAUGUAGACUUUGUUUUGUUGACGUCCAUCUGGAAGAGAUGUUGCAAAUUAUAUUCUUGCAUUCUAAACUACUUUAAUCCUUCACCGAUAGUAUUAUCCAUGCAAUGUAAGCUAGGUUAACUUAGCGUGACCCAUGAAAUCCUGCUUUAUUCCGUUUGAUUAGAGAAUCAAUGCAUCGAUAUUCUUUAUUCUGCUUAUCCACGAGGAAUAACUGAAGUCCAGAGGGGCUUGAUCUUUCUGCAAUGGCUAGCGUGCACGAAAGUUUAUAUUUUAACCCCAUGAUGACAAAUGGAGUGGUCCAUGCCAAUGUCUUCGGUAUAAAGGACUGGGUCACUCCAUACAAGAUCUCAGUAUUAACUUUACUGUAUGAGAUGUCCACAACGAAACCCAUGGCACUUCUAGACAGAAGACGCCUGAAUAAACUCAUUCUACCUUUACAACAGGGUCCAGAUCUGACCUUAGAACAGUUUCUGAAGAUAGUGGAGGAGUGCUGUCUUCGGAUGGUCAAUGCUGUUAAACUCAGGUUGCUUAUGAUGGCUAAUGGAGAGUUGCAGGACAUGGAGCACUUCUUUACUAUUCUGCCAAAUGCUUUCAGUGACUCUGAGGCAUUCAAAACAAGUGUUGUGGGUUUGUUCAUGCGUCAGAUGCUGCUGGCCUAUAAUAAACUGUCCUUCAGUCAGGUGUAUAAGCUGUACAAGUCUCUACAGCAGUAUUGCCAUUCUGGCAACCAGCCUGAGCUGUCAGCACUACCUGCUGAAGACAUGGAACUGACGAGCAAUGAAGACACCAGCGCUGACCACAUAGACAAAGAUGAGCUGGACACACCAUCUCUACACCAGUCUGAACUGAGAUCUGAUGAGUCUCGAGGUCCUUUAUCUCAGAAACAGGCGGAAUACUUUCUUGCUCGACAGGCAUACCUCCUGAAGAACGAUGAGAACAAGGCCGUGCCGCCGGCUAAGCUACAAGACGAGCUCAACAACAUCCUCAAGUUCAACCCUGACUUUGCUGAAGCUCAUUACCUGAGCUAUCUGAACAGCAUGCGAGUGCAGGAUAUCUACAUCUCCACCCACAGCCUCCUUCACUAUUUCGACCGCCUCAUUCUCUCCGGUGCAGAGGGGAAGAGCAAUGGAGAUGAAGGCUAUGGCCGCAGUUUGCGCUAUGCUGUUCUAAAUCUAGCGACUCUGCACUGUCGAUUUGGACACUAUCAACAGGCUGAUCUGGCUUUGCAGGAAGCUAUUCGGAUUGCCCAGGAAGCUAACGACCAUGUGUGUCUCCAACACUGUCUGAGUUGGCUCUACACACUAGAACAGAUGAAAGGAUCGGAUAGUGUGGUACUAACUGAAGACUCAGUGAAAAUCGCUGCACACUUUUGUCUCCCUUAUUUAGCAUCUCUAGGCAUUCAAUCCCUGGUCCAGCAGGGAGCAAAGCAAGGUAUGCCAGCUAAUAAGCUGUUGGAUGCCCUGCGGGGAACAAACAUCAUGCACUGGAAGCAAAGCCUCUCUGAGCUCAUUGAGAUUAGCCUGGCCCAGACCACCUCCAUAUGGAGGAUGUAUGGUAAAAGCACGAUGGCACGGCAACAGGCACAGCUCCUAUUAAAUAUGAACAGUCUGGAGCCGGUGAACUUUGGUGUGCAGCAAAACAACACAGAAGCCUUUGCCGUCGCCCUCUGCCAUCUGGCAGAGCUCCAUGCUGAGCAGGGCCUGUAUGCUGUUGUGGGUGACAUUAUGAAACACUUAAAACAACAGUUCCCUCCUCAUACCCAACAUGCCAAACUCUGGAUGCUAUGUGAUCUGAAGAUUCAGUUUGAGAAGGCUAUGAAUGAUGGGAAGUACCACUUGGCAGAGCCCCACGUCACUGCUAUCUCUGCCUUAAACAGCACGGAGGGUUUGUACAGAAAAGCCCAGUUGCUGAAAGCUCUGAAUCAGACAUCUGAGGCUUCUAAGAUUCUACAGCAUCUGCAGCAACAAUGUGAGAAGAGUAAGAACACAGAGAUGAUUAUCAGGGUGAUGCUGGCCUCUGCAGAACUCCACUGGGACUCGUCUGGUUUCGCGACAGCUCUGCCAUUACUGUUACAGGCUCUUGCUCUGUCACGCCAACACAACCUCCAGAACAUGGCCCCAGAGGCUGUGUUACACCUGGCAUUUACACAGCUUAUGUUGGGGAUACCUGAGCAAGCCCUUGUACUGGUGCAGGAUGUGUUGGAGUCUGUGUUGGCUCAUGGGGCACUGAUAGACAAGGGCAGAGCUCUGUUGCUGGCUGCUCGCUGUCAGAUGGCGCUGGCAGGGACUGCUGCUGAAGAACACAAACAGUCUGCUAUGGAACUAGCCGUGCACACAUUGGAUGAGGCUGCUGUGUACUUCUCCCGUCUUGACUGUAAAGAGCGAAUGAGAGAUUUAUACUACCUACAGGCACGGUUGCAUCACACCCUGGGCAACAUUUCCCAACGAAACAAAUGCGCCAUGCUCUUCCGCCUCCUUGACCAGGAGCUCCCAUUGUCUGGGAUGACUGUUGUCAAUCGUCUUUAGGCUGCUAAUCUUGUACUUGCAGACCACUAAGACAUAAAACAAUUGAAGUGUUAUAACAUGUACUGUGUGAGGUGUGCAUGCUAAAAAUACAUUUUAUUUUGUAUAUGAAAACAA